UGAGAAUAAUUAAUCAUUUUAGAUUCCAAACACAAGUACAUUUAAAAAUCUUUCUUAAAACAAGGAAAUUUUAAAACAUAAAAUGGAUACUCUCAAUAAAGAAGAAAGCACCUUCAAAAGUAAAGAAUUCAAACUUAAGAAUAUGCCUAUGUUUAUUGUUCCAGUCGAACCAAGCUAUUAUUUCAAAAAUGACUUGUGCUACACUGAGGACCACGUUCUAGUCCAUGAGAUAUAUCUCUGCGACAUUCCGGCAAAGCUGACGGAGGAUGAGUUGCUGAUUUAUUUCAAUAGUUUUGGAACUGUCGUAGGCCUACAACUUCAAAAACAGCAUAAGAAGCUAAAAACUGGAUGCGUUUUAUUUGCCGAUCCGCUGGAUGCUGCCAAAGUCUUGCAUAAGCAAAUACAUUAUCUGAGUGAUCAUCGGUUCCAAGUCAAUGCCAGCAAUAGUUGGCUUCAACCGGAGGCUUAUACAACUUCAGAGCAGUCGCAUAUAACAAAGAUUCCGGACGAUUGCUUGGUCCGAAUACUUGAAUUUCUUCCAUUGAUGGAUCAGUUACAGUUUCUAAGACACUGUAGUUUUUAUAGAGAUGUUUACAAUUUGGAUACACGACAUUUACACAAGUCGGUCUUUUAUUAUAUGCCUGAAUCUUUGACCAUAUGGCAAAUGCGAGAAUUUUUCUUCAUAUUUGGUGACGGUAUUCAAAGUUUUCGUGAUGACCUUGGGCGUUGUGAACGGUUUUACAAAUUUUUAGGACUGAACUGCGUAAAUUUGAAGUGCUUGGAACUAUGCAACACUCGUUUAAGUCCGAAAAAUAUGUUUAAAAUAUUUUCAAAAACCAACAAGUUGGAGAAUCUCAGGUUAAACCGUUGCGAUCUGAAUGGGAACAGUUUAGUGAAUUUGAAGAAUUUGCAGCAAUUGAAAUAUUUAAGCCUUUACGAUAAUCCAAAUCUCAGUGGUUAUCUAGAUCUUCCAGUCUCCCUUGAGACUCUGGACCUUUCUCGCUGCUUUAAAAUACCGCCAAAUAAUCUGUUGUUGACAUUAAAGGACUUAACAAACUUAAAGAACCUCGACAUUACGGAAAUCCCCAAAAUAAACCCAAAUGUUUAUGAAUACUUGCUUUCAUUAGAAACUUUGCACCUCGAUAUUGAAAUGAAAACGAAUUAUAACAAAAUAGCGAUGUUGCCUAAUCUCAAGAGAAUCAAGAUAAACGACAUAACAUCGACUGAAACAUUUUCGCAAUUUCUGGAUGAGCUGGCGAGAAAUGCCAGGCAAUUGGAAGAAUUGAUCAUUCGCGAAACCAGAGUUCUAAAUAGUCAAUUGCUCAUGCAAAUAUCACAAUUAGGCGGAUUGCGAAAACUUGCUCUAUUCUGGCCCUGGGACAUUAAUGAAAGUGUUUUGCAGGAGUUUGCCAAGCUAAAAAAACUCGAGAGCUUUCAUCUAAGCGAUUGUCAGCAUGUUAACGACGCUAGCAUGUUGCAUAUGGUAAUUGGUUGUCCAAAGUUGCGAGAGGUUAAUCUGAACUAUUGCUAUAAAAUAACGGAGAGCCUUGUAUUCGGCAUUAUCGAGAAUGUGCGACGCAAAAUUUUAACCGGUGUAAACGAGCGGAAGUUGCCGAUCCAUCUUCACGUAAGGGCCACCUAUGUAAAAGAUUCAAUCCAGUCUGAUUCCGAGGUUGCUUCGGGUGAAAUAAUUAAGAUUUUCUUUUAAUCGCCUGUUUGAAAAACCGUUUAAUUGAACUAAAAGCAACUUCGAAUCAACAUUUAUACAAUCAAGAUGUAAAAUGUGUAAUAAAUAUA